AUGCAGUCAUUCAUCUUGCGCGCCAGAGCGCAGCCCUUGUCGCGAUUCCAGUCGCUGGCAUGCCGUGCCCCUAGCAUGACAUCGCGGUCGCUCAACACCUAUGCGUCAUUCAAGGUGCCCCAGAUCAACAACGAGCCCAACAACCACUAUGUCCCUGGCUCUCCGGAUCGCAAGGCAUUGGAAGAUGCUUUGACUCGGUACAAGCAGAAGGCUCCGCUUAGCCUUCCUCUUGUUGUUGCUGGAAAAGAGAUCAACUCCUCGCAAUCUUUCACACAGAGCAGCCCUGCUACCCACGCCCCUCUCGCAACCUACUCGAACGCUUCUAAGGCCGAUAUCGAAGCUGCCAUUGAAUCUGCUCUCAACGCCCGUAAAUCAUGGGCUGCUACUCCUUUCGCCGAACGUGCCAGCAUUUUCCUCAAGGCCGCUGAUUUGAUUUCCACCAAGUACCGUUAUGACAUUAUGGCUUUGACUAUGCACGGCCAAGGAAAGAAUGCCUGGCAAGCGGAGAUUGACUCGGCUGCCGAGCUGAUUGACUUCUUCCGUUUCGGUGUCAAGUAUGCCGAGGAGCUCUACUCACAGCAACCUGCGCACCAUGCCCCUGGUGUCUGGAACCGUCUCGAAUACCGUCCAUUGGAGGGCUUUGUCUACGCCAUUAGCCCCUUCAACUUCACUGCCAUUGGCGGUAAUCUGGCUGGAGCACCCGCACUGAUGGGUAACGUUGUGCUGUGGAAGCCUUCACCCUCAGCUAUUGCUUCGAACUGGCUUGUCCACCAGAUUCUUCUUGAGGCUGGUUUGCCCAAGGACGUCAUUCAGUUUGUUCCUGGUGAUGCGGAGGAGGUCACAAGCACCGUUCUCAACCACCGUGAAUUCGCUGCUCUCCACUUCACCGGUAGCACUGAUGUGUUCCGCUCGCUGUAUGGCAAGAUUUCAGAGGGCGUGGCGGAUGGCAAAUACCGCAGCUAUCCUCGCAUCGUGGGCGAGACCGGUGGCAAGAACUUCCAUCUGAUUCACAAGUCAGCCGAUGUCCGCAACGCUGUGGUCCAGACCGUUCGCGGCGCCUUUGAGUUCCAAGGUCAGAAGUGCAGCGCCACAUCGCGCGCCUACGUUGCUUCCUCCAUUGCGGAUGACUUCGCAAAGCAGCUAGCUGAGGAGGUCAACCAGCUUACAAUCGGUGAACCUACUGAGUUCUCUAACUUCUGCGGUCCCGUCAUCCACGAGGGCUCAUUCAACAAGUUGGCCGGUGUCAUUGAUGAGGCAAAGAACGACCCCGAGCUUGAGCUCCUUGCUGGAGGCUCUUACGACUCGUCCAAGGGCUGGUACAUUAAGCCGACUGUGUACCGUACCUCCAACCCCGACCACCCCCUUCUGUCCCGUGAGCUUUUCGGACCUAUCAUUGUCAUUCACUCUUACAACGAUGCCACCGAUGCCGACUUUGUCAAGAUCUGUGAGAAGAUUGACAGCACUAGCACCUAUGGUCUGACUGGUUCCGUCUUCGCGAAGGACCGUGAGGCCAUUCAGGUCGCCGAUGAGGGUCUCCGCAAUGCUGCUGGAAACUUCUACAUCAACUGCAAGAGCACUGGUGCUGUUGUGGGCCAGCAGCCAUUCGGAGGUGCCCGUGCUAGCGGUACCAAUGACAAGGCUGGUAGCGCUAACCUGCUUUCCCGCUUUGUGAGCUUGCGCUCGGUUAAGGAGGAGUUCGUUCCUACCUACACCGUUGCCUACCCCAGCAACGCGAAAUAA